UACAUUUACCGGGGAUUCCGAAGCGCCGUAUGACACGGUUGACGUCACUCCCAUGUCACAAUUCUUCCAAGGUUUUUAUGCCCGCGAGAAAGCCAUGCCGGCAACGCGAUGCGCAGAUCAGGAAGAAAACAUUUCAUUUGUGCCGAGGAUCGUGGAUGGAGUCUAUGCCAAUAUCCACGAGUAUCCAUGGCAGGUCGCACUCUUCUACAUAACACCUGGAAAAAAUAAAUCCAAGUCUGCCUUUUUCUGCGGAGCCUCACUCAUCAGUGACAGCUUCGUGUUGACAGCAGCGCACUGCGUCCUCGGAUCGUCCAAGAGAGCGGACAGAAUCAGAGCAAUUCUUGGAGAUCACGAUCUCUCCACCAGGAAAGAGACCGAUAGCACAUACCGUGACAUACGCAGGAUAAUUUUCAACGUUCACUAUCGUGCUGACACCGUCCGGAAUGAUAUCGCACUUCUGCAGCUCGAAAAACCUGUCAUGUUUUCCUCGUCCAUCAACCCAGUCCUCUUGCCGUGGGCACUCGAUGACACGUUUGAAGGACUGAACGCAACUGUGACGGGCUGGGGCCGCGAUAAAAUUGGAAAGCGAAUCUCGUCCUACGUUCUCAAGGAAUACUCUUCAUCGCUGCUCACUGAGGCUACCUGCGACCGGCAGUGGUCCACGAAAUCUACCCUCAAGCCGCAGCUCUCUACCGACCCGAAGAAACAAAUAUGCCUCGAUGUUAGCAAAGGUUCUCCGUGUCAUGGAGAUUCCGGUGGCCCUCUCGUAGUGUGCAGCGGCGAAGUGUGCACUCAGGUGGGUGUGGUGAGUUUCGGGUUCCCGCUCUGCAAGAACGUUGGCCUCCCGGCAGUGUUCACUCGUCUCACCUACUACCGCCCCUGGCUUGACAUCAACAUGGCUUCCGCCAACGCCAUGCCGGUGUGAUGAACAGAUUAAAGUUUCACUUUAAUUUGAACUUCUUCUAUUGUGAGCCUUUAACAGAUUUCAAUUAUACGCUAGCAACCACACUAGAGAAAAUAAUUGGCCCCUCUGGUUUACGGUAAUCUGGCCUCCUCCCGUAAGAUGAAACUAUUUCCCUUCAUUUUGUACUCUGCGCCUACCCUUGUGUGUGUUAUCAUUUAUUUUUUGAUAAUAUAAUCGCUGUUAGUUUGCAUCAUUUAUAUUUUACAAUAAAUAAUGGGGAAGUAGUACGGCAGACAACUGUGAACCAUACAUUGGAGACUUUACCUACUAAACUUACAUCAAUAACAGGUCAGACAUGACACGGGGAAGUUUUCAAAGCCUUUAUAGUAAUACAACUAGGGAAAGUGAAACGUUCGUUCGCGUCGAAGGCCAUUGUAUUGUGUUAAUUUCUUUUGUUUUUAUUUCAGAAUACCAGUGAAUACAGAUGAUAAUCAUAAUAUUUUUAUUCAGCUCACAGUUAUCACUUCAUAAUACGAUGCCUAACAAUAGAAAAUAAGUAGAUAAGUGAAUACUUAACGCUCAAUUUGUACGAAAUUAUUUGAAUUAUUUAUCCAUAUAAUUUUUCGAAGAGCACAAUUCCAUUAUUUAUUACAUUGGUUUGCUCAAGUAGCAAAUUUACAAAACAAUUUAAAGGCGAAUAAACUAUCAAGUAAAUUCAUUGUUGUUUUUAACAUAAACUUUUCGGAGACUUCAUCAUCAGUUCAAAAAUUUCAAGGAUAGAGUUUAGUCAAUAGAGCAACCAAAUUUACACGGUAGUGAUUAAAACAUAAUUGAUAAAUAAAUCGAAAAAUCUAAUUAUGGAAACUAAUUAUUCCCUCGAAAUUACGUGUAGUAUUCGAUAGGUUUUAUCGCUUCUGCGCAUGUUUAUCUGCCUAUUUUUGUUGUAAUCUAACCUUGAAAAUUUUGUUGAUCUAUUGAUUAAGCUUGUUAUGUGGAAGAAAUUUUAAUUUUCUUUCUGUUAAAUUCUUGUUUAAUUCAAACAUGUAGUAGUUUGUUACUCCAGUACAAAGGAAUUUCAAAACAUUGCGUUUAAUUAAAAAAGAAUGAUCAACAGCAGUGAACAGUGGAAGAGCUCAUGAAUUUAAGAGAAAUGAAACGACAGCGGACAUGGCGAUUAGGAUGUAGCAGACCGCGCUAAAUCUUGCUUAUAGCCUCGUUGGUCGGUCUGACCAAUGUUAUAGCCUCGCUGUUCGGUCUGACCAAUCUUGUAGCCUCGUGGUCGGUCUGACCAAUCUUAUAGCCUCGCUGUUCGGUCUGACCAAUCUUGUAGCCUCGCUGUUCGGUCUGACCAAUCUUAUAGCCUCUCUGUUCGGUCUGACCAAUCUUAUAGCCUCGCUGUUCGGUCUGACCAAUCUUAUAGCCUCGCUGGUCGGUCUGACCAAUCUCAUAGCCUCGCUGGUCGGUCCUACCCAGUAUCUUGUUCGCAUCUAUUACGUUCAUUGAAUAUUUUUCCUGAAUUUCCGGCACUAUAAAAAAAGAGGUUAU